CGAAAUAAUCUGACAAGUGAGUUGUUGUUGCGACAAGGAGUACACCAUGGGGAAAGCAAACAAACAGAGGAGCAAACUGGUCAAGAUGAGGGGUACCAGUGAAAAACAGCCGACGUCUUCAUCACAGAAAGUGUUCAAAGUGUCACAGCACAAGGCGACGAAAGCGAAAAACAAAGCAAAAGUUGUCUCCACCAGCCUUAAGAGAUUGAAUUUCCAGAACAGACAAAACGUCAGUAAAAAUGAUGAGAAAUUCACAGAUGUUCAGAUUUCGUUAACUACAAGCAACAAAUCGCAGUCAGCAAAGAAACCUGUAGUACAGAAGAUGUCACACUCGUCAUCAAGUAUACAACAGCCCAAUAUGGACGAAGCUACAAAGCAGAUGGCGUUAUUAUGAGAUUGGCAUCAAAGACACAUUUUAUUGGGUAACUAAUUGAUGGCUUCGGAAGUGGAUAAGGCCGGAUGUCCGAGAUAAUCUGUCCCUGGAGAUUGUGUCCCCCCCCCCCCCCCCCCC